AUGAGGACGAAACCUGAAUCACCGCCAACACAAAGUCCGUCGACUCUACGCUCUUUUCAACCACCGUCUUUCUACGCCGCCGCCGCUUAUGCCUCAUGCGACUCUCGUAUUUCUCGUAGAAAUGAUGAGACAACCGCGAAGGGGAAAUCUGUGUCUCGAACCCACAAGGAAGGACGCAGUGGACGACCGAUUACGAUAGAAGCACCUCUCACUUACGAGCAAGUAACACAGUCAGACUCGGAUUCAUCGACUCUUAUCACACGAGACCACCCCCACGGAACACCCGGUCUUAUUCACCGGGAAAGCAGGAUGGCAUAUCCUCACUUAGAGGCUCAUCUCCUACCCACUUUACGAGAUACAGUCGACCGAAUGACGCGUACGCCCUCGCGCAUGUCGACGUAUCAAGCAGGAAGGGAGGAUUCGGGGAUGUGGAAGCGGGAUACGCGUAGCCACAGUCGCAGAAAUUCGCCUGAAGCACAGCAAACACAGGACCUCAGGCAGAAUACUCCCCGUGAACCCGUCUUCUGCUUGUAUCGGCAUCACUCUGAAGAAGCAAGGACCCCUAAUCUAUCCGAUAUCUAUUCCAAAUCCAACCAAUCUACCCCUACUCUUGUGUCCAGUCAACAACGGCCCAAGAUUCCAGCUAAAUCUGCUCUGAAGUCCUCCCUACGUUCUCCAAUACCCCAACCAACGUCACCGAUGACUCCUAUGCCAGAAACCAGCUCGCCGUCAAUGGCGGGAUCCUCCUUGAGGUCGAUGAAGAGUUUACUCUCCCGAAAGUGUUCAGAAACGUUGAAAUCUCCUUUCAAUGGGAGCAAGGAUCCGGAUAAGAGCAAGAAGAGCGAAAAUUCUUCAUCACCUUUUUCACGCAGAGGGAAUGAUUCGGGGCCUUCAACUCCCGGUCUGAAGAGAGAUUUUCAGUCUUCAAUUCCUCGUCCUCGCGGAAGGCAUCACUCCAACACGAAUCUCGAAGACUCUGACUUUGAACAGCGCUUUGAAAUUGAGUCGAGAGACCGACGCCAGCUAACAGUCACAAACGCCGAAAUCUUUGUUUCUGGGUCGAGUUCGGAAAGCGACGCGGAGUCAAGGCAACGUGUCCGGCCAGAUGAUGGAAGGAAUAGGUGGGGCAGUGGACGAGUGGACGCCUCUGUUGGCCUUGGUCUUUCUUUUCCGUCGUCUCCGAACCCAUCACGACAACGAGGGGAAGAGCACAGAUCUAGAGAGUCGUCAAAAGUCAAAAUGCAGCCAACGCCAGCACGACCAGCAGCACCCCCAGAAAAGAGUCUUCGUUUCUCGUUACCGCCGUCAGAGUCUGCAGAUUCCACAUAUUCCGACGAUCCAGGACCAACCCCACCUCCGCCGCGUGGCCGCUUUGAAGCUGGUCAUUUUUCGAGUUCACGACCUCUUCGCCAACACGAGGACUCCUUCGACUCUAUCAUGGAUUCGACACCCCAACUACAAGAUUAUGAGCCGCGAAAAAAUAUAUCCAAUCGCAGAAGGUCUCUCUCAAGAUCGCCAACAUCUACGCAAUACACGUACUCAGAGGAAGAGAAAGAGGAAGAAACGGAGUCAGAGCGAGAGGGAUACUCCGUUAGACGUCCGAGGGAUAAAGGCAAAGAGAAACGGAGGAGUUCGAGUUGCACGCCAGCAUUCCGUGGCUCGCCUGAUCAUCACGACCCACCGCAACGUCCUCAGUCAGCCUGCCAACGAUAUGCUCCGGAGAAGCGUCGCUCGUCACAAGUUUUUCCACCGAACCUCAAGGAGCUCAUCAAGAGUCGUAACUCAUUCUCGAAACUUCCUCCCUCUCGUACGGAACCAGACUUGUCUGCGUCCACCUCUUCGAAGCGGAAGUCAGCAGAAUUCAAGGCUCAGGAGAAACCGUAUGGAAGGUCAGCUGCACCUCACACCAGUUCAGCUGGUCUGCGGCUGGACGAUUCCCGCCGCAGGUUUUCUCGCGAGAAGACAGAAGCAACUGCCAUUAUCGAUCAGUAUCGCUCUGCUGCAGCUCGAGAACGGUUGGCAUUUGGCAUCCCUCCUUCAGAGUCAGACGAGGCGAUAAAGCAGGAGCAUGAACAGCACCUGACACAUGCGGAGAGCGAUAUGUCUUCUCUCAACGAAUCGGUCUGGCAGGACAAUUGCGAGGAGUUGAGUUUGAGUGCGGAGAGUAUCUUGAAGACGCUUGAUGAGACUUCGAGGAAGGAGGCAAAGAGGAAGAUGCAUCAGCGGCGCGUUUCUCCCCCUCGUCUCAGUGUUAUUUCUCCCUCAAGUGCUUCAUCGACUGAUGAAGACCUGCACGAACCUGCUUACGACCUGCGCGAAUCAUACACCCCCCAACCCUCACAUCCACACUGGGAACACCCAGAUAUCGGCCCAUCCCAUCAGCAAACCCAUGUGCCACAAGAACCCGCGCGAACACGAGAAGGCGUCAUCCAAGAGAUCUUUGAGUCCGAAGAAGAGCUCCUCCGGCUCUUACACAUAUGCAUGAGGAUGUUCGUCCUCCCACUCCGCGUCGCUAAUAGCCAGGCCUGGGUCGCUGGAGUCCCACCCAACAUCGCCCGCCUGCUGGACUGGUUCGACGAUAUUGUUAACCUCCACGAGCAGAUCUACGCCUCGCUGUGUUCUGCCCGCGACACGAUGUCACCUGCAACGGACCGUGUGUCCGAAUCCCUGAGAUGCUUUGUGAUAAAGGUGGAGGUGUACCAGCCAUACCUUGUUCGACUGGCGGACGUGUCGCAGGAGAUUGUGGGCUUGACGCAGGAUGAGAGGAGCGAUUUUGGCCAGUUUGUGUUGAUGCAGGAAAGGGAGGAGGAGUGCAUAGGUUGGAGUUUUGAGAGGCUGUUGAUGCUGCCCGUGAAUCGGCUGGCGGCGUAUCAGGACCUUUUUGCACGAAUGCUGGAUCUGACACCGAAGAAUCAUCAAGACUAUUUAUCGACCUUCUCGUUGUCGCGGUCCACUGACAUGGUCAUCAAAGUCAUGACCGAGGUUAAGCUCAGAGAAGAUGAGUAUAUGCUACUGAAAGCCUUUUCAGCGCGCAUACAGGGACUCCCUGCCUCGAGUGGCAUCGCAACUAGGGAAAGGAGAUUGCUGCACUCUGGUCCUCUCUGUCUGGUUAUCUCGAAUCUGUCUCCAAAUAUCGGUCCCCAUGUGGACAUCAACGGUCAUCCAAGGAGCUCUGACGCGAAAAGGCAAAGUAGGUCGUCAAAGCUUCUGGACGCGGUUGGCAGGUCAAACACGAUGGCCGAAUUUGAGAGGUUUGGCAUGUUGAAGCCAAUGUCUUCGAAGUCUUUCGAAAGCUCCAAGGCGGCAGCGGAGAAGGAAACAGGCCGUGAUGAUGACAGUACUCGGUCUUCGCCUGACCCGGCUCUCAGGACGGUCGAUGCUCAUGCUUUUAUCUUCAAUGAUCUCGUUCUUUUGGCUCAAUCGAUGCACACUCCAAACUCUGAUCCUUCUUGGCUGCUAUGCGAAGACCUGAGUGUUUUCAGGCCCUUAUCGAUCGCGCGGAUCCGAAGAAGGAGUCAGCAAGAAGGAAUGAUGUUGUCACUUGAAGCCCUUCAACUAGAUCCGGUCUACCUCAACGAACCUUCCGAUUUCAGGACUUCCUCUGUUCGAGUCGUCGACCUCUUGCUCCCUCCUCCUGGCCCAAGAUCAGUCAAAGAUGAAGCUAAUCUCGCCGACAAUGAAGUCUUUCAACCUUGGCUGCUUUCUUUGCGUCAAUGCUGCAAGACUACCCUCCGGAAGCUUACUUUUGUCGGGCCCAGCUCCAAAGACAGCGCUAUUCCUGGCUCUGAUCUCGCACUGGAUACGCAGUCUGUUCUCCGCUCGCUGGUAGGAUCAGGUCUGCCCAUCCCGAGGAGUCCCUCCGGCCAGUUUCCUGAUGCUGAAGGCUUGGAUUUCGAACGCAAUCGAGCACAGGGCGAAGAACGCGAAGAACGCGGCUGGUGGUCUCUGCGAUACCAACAAGUCUUUCGAGAGUUUCAAAGACAAGACUCUCUGCUGUCUGAUGAUGACGACGACUACUGA